AGGCACCGGCCGUCCCGUGUGGCCAUUAACCCGGCUGGGGAGCGGGCUGCCCUGCGCUAUGUGAGACGGCCGGACCCAGGGCGCUGCUCUCCCUUCCCUCCGCUGCCCGGCACCCCCCGGCACACGGGGCCGCGGGGAUGAGGCUCCAGAGGCUGCUGUGCCUCGUCGUCCUCCUGCUGGCCAGCCUCCUGCACGCCGCCGGCCAGAGGCCAGCCAACCUGGCCCUGCGCAGGAAGCUCCACCGGCACGGCUGCUCCCACCGGCGGUGCAUGCCGCUCCACUCCCGGGUGCCCUUCCCCUGAGCCCCCCGGCCGAGCCCGGGCAAGCAAUUUCAUAAUGGGCUUUUCAGUGUUUUGAAGGUGGAAGCUGCAACAACUAAACCAAUAGAGAAGUUAGUUGUAAGUACAACUCAACAACAGCUGACCUGAUAACAGCCACAACAAUCCUGUUUUGGGGCAGUCCAUCUGAAAUGAACAUUUUCAACAGUCCUGUAUGUCACAUUCUGCAAGACCUGGAACAAAGGCCCAUGACUCACAUCCUAGAAGCAGGGGGAGGGAGAAAUGGUGGUGCUGGGAAGAUGUACAUGAAACUUACUUGGAUGCAACAUUUCAUACAAAUUCUUUGAGUCUCAUAAUGAUCGGUGGAAGUUAAAGACCAAAUCAGACUUCUGAUGCCUGAAAUGGAUUUCCCAUGAUGUUAAGAAGGCUCUGUCCAAGGGGGGAUUCGUCAUGGUCUGUACUGUUAAGACAGAGAGAAUUUGGACGUGCUGUUGACCAUGUCCAACUCAGGCGGUGCAUGCAAGGCAGUAUUUAGUGUGACGUCAGACUUAAGCAAAGAACUGUGAAAGUCCAUUUUUAGCUAAGAAUUUCAUAUAUUAACAAUAAAUAUAUGUUUGUUUUAACGCCUAACAUUUCAUCUUUAUGGAUUUAUCGUAAUAGUAAUGUAGUACAUACUACUGUAAUAGUAUCCAAGUCAGCACCAUGCUUCUGGUCCUACCAGCUUUAUGUAUAGCAAGCAAUACGCCAGUGAAGAGUUGAAGAUAUAAGAAAGUAAAGGGAGUAUUAUCCCUCAUUCUGUAGAUAGAGAAUGGAGGCACACUGAGAUAAGAGAUUAGCCAAGGGUCAUGCAAAACCUACUGCAAAACUGAUAACUCAGAUCUCCCACGUCAGGCCUUAAGGUCAAGCCCAUCCUUCUGUCUAAUGAGCUGUUACUGCAAAGCCUAUCAUUUGUUUUCUUAAAGUGGUUUGUCAGACCAGAAAGCUAAAACAGAUUUGAAAAUUCAGUUAAUGUAGAUCUAUUUGCUUCAUAGUAGCUUUCCUAAAAUACCCAUGACAGUAUUAUAAAUAGAGCAUAAAAAUAGACCAUUGAAAAAGAAACCUUUGUCUGGUCAACCCCAGUGUUCUGUAGUACGUUAUUCCUGUAAUUAAAAUGAAUGGAACCCUUGGAACAUAACACUACAAUGAAUGAGAACUUAAAGCAGAAAAACAGGCUGUUCUUUUCAGCAAGGGAGGUCAAGAAUACACUUAGCUUUUAUUUUUCUUUUUGUUUUUAAAAAUAAACUGUUGACAACUUUUUAUAUCAAUGGAAAUUGCAAAGUACAUAUAAAGCAAAA